ACCCAGCGCUGCUCCGGGGCUGCUGAGAGGACAAAACCCAACUUUGCUUAGGCCCUGCACAGAAGGGAAAGGCGGCAAAGGGGACACAGUUCUGGGAGGGAGAAAGUCCAGGGACGUUGGGGCAGGGGACGUGGAGUCUUGGGAAGGCAUAGAGAAGAAAGUCCCGGACUCUGGGAGGAGGGAAAGUUUGCCGGAGGAGAGCGCACGCUUGGCUGAGGACGGAGCUCCCCACAGGGUUUUACAGCUGCCCUCACCCACCGCCGCCAUGAACAUCUUCCGCAUCCUGGGGGACGUCUCCCACUUGUUGGCCAUCAUCAUCCUGCUGGUGAAGAUCCACAGGUCCAAGUCCUGUGCUGGUAUCUCGGGGAAAAGCCAGAUUCUUUUUGCCCUCGUCUUCACUACCCGCUACCUGGACCUGUUCACAACCUUCAUCUCCCUCUACAACACCGUGAUGAAGGUCAUUUUUUUGAUAUGUGCCUACAUCACCGUGUACAUGAUCUACGUGAAAUUCCGGAAAACAUUUGACAGUGAGAAUGACUCCUUUCGCCUGGAAUUCCUCCUGGUCCCCGUCACAGGCCUGUCCUUCCUGGAGAACCACAGCUUCACCCCCCUGGAGAUACUCUGGACCUUCUCUAUCUACCUGGAGUCCGUAGCUAUCCUCCCCCAGCUCUUCAUGAUCAGCAAGACGGGGGAAGCAGAGACCAUCACAACGCAUUACCUUUUCUUCCUGGGCCUCUAUCGUGCCCUCUAUAUCGCCAACUGGGUCUGGCGCUACCACACCGAGAAGUUCUACGACCAGAUUGCUGUGGUCUCCGGGGUGGUACAGACCAUCUUCUACUGCGACUUCUUCUAUCUCUACGUUACCAAAGUCCUAAAAGGAAAGAAGCUAAGCCUUCCAAUGCCUGUUUGAAGCCAUUUCCAGACAACACCAGAAAUUCCAAAGAUGAAACUAUUGACCACAGCUUUCCUUUCCUGGCCCUCGUUGACUGAAGAACGGCUCAGCUGAGCUUCACUCCAGCGCCAGGAAGACAGCGAGGCCAGGGCAGCUGGUAUGCUUGUCGUCUGGAUGAGACUCUCCCUCUAUUUUGUUGCUUCUUCUUACUUGAAAUUGGUGCUAAUAAGUAGUGCUGGCCAAUACUAAGAAAUACAGAUUGUUCUCUCCCUCCAUAUAGCACUCACCUCCGUAACAUGCCUCUACCUUACCCUGAGGCACCACAGGAAAUAAAAGGGAAACUGUCACUGUCCUUCAGUCCCCAACAAAUGCCAUAGUGAAGAGGGCGUGGCAUCAUGAAGCCUGAUAGACAAAGGUCACUGGCCCCCACGUGCCAUCACAGAACAUCCCAAGUUGGAAUGAACCCACACGGACUGAGUCCCACUCCUGGCUCCACACAGGACCACCCAAAAUUCAACAGCUACACCACGGUGCGCGAACUACCGCCCUCCCGAAAAUUAACCCUGCUUGAACCCCAACCUGUUCAGGUCUACGUUACCUUCACGUGGCAAGAACCUUCCAUUCCACAGGUAUUCCAGCACCCUCCCCACUCACCCAUCUCACGUUCCAGAGAUGGGGGACACUUCAAUUGUAAUUCGGAGGGUCACCAACAGAUGUUCCCGACCCCUCGGAUUUGACUUCUUUUAAGAACUGGGAAGAACGGGGGCAAAUGUUGUUUUAUGCUCCAAAAAUAAUAAAUACAAAAUUCACCAUU